AUGUCGGAGCAAGGAGGUGGGAAUCCUCUACAGAUGCAGCACCAGCACCAGCACCAGCACCAACAGUGCCUAUGUCUUGCUUCUGCUCUGGCUUCUGCUACGCCAGAGAAUCAGCGCAUGAUGUUGGGGGAACAGCUAUUUCCACUAGUGGAGAGGAUUGAGCCUGACCAUGCUGGAAAAGUGACAGGCAUGUUGCUGGAGAUGGACCAAACCGAGGUUCUCCAUCUAAUUGAGGCCCCAGAUGCUCUGAAGAAGAAAGUUUCCAAGGAUUUGGAUGUCCUCCAUUUAGCAUCAUCAGGACCCAAUGUUGGUGAUCAGCUCGGCUCAUUGUCCUUGAACCAAUGAAGCGAGCCCAAUUUGGCAUGGUAUAUACAUUUCUUCUUUAAUAUAUGCAUAUGCAUUUGUAGAGGCCUAGUGUUAUUUAUUUUUAGGGUUCAUGAGCUGCGAUUGAU